AUGUCUGAAUGGGAUCGUUUUCGACAGAAGGCGGUAGCUGCAGUACCAGAAGGUGAAGCGCUCGCGCCCAGACGGUUUUUCGUUGCCGUCCUGCUCGCAGACCGAGAUCCAAAUGGGGAACUCAGUCAUGUUGAUUUUCGCUGGAUCAAAGCUCACAGUAAAAUUACCAUAGCAAAGAUCCGCGAGACCUAUAUCUCGAGACUACCAGGCGUCGACGUCGACUUGUGGUUCGAGGGCGCCAUAGCUUCACCGGACACACAAAUGAGGCACCUGGGCACGUUCGACGACCCGGUCAUAGCUCUACGUGCAGUGGAGAGGCCCGCACGCCCACCCGCUCUUGCGCUCCGGUCGCCCUCUUCAAACAGGACCAUCCCGCCGCCUUCACCAGCCGUACGCAGCUUCCAACCUCCCCCUCCAGCACCGCAAUUCCAAACUACUGGGUCGCAAUCACCGCGGACACCCGGGUCUGCGCACAGGAACGGACCACUGCCUCCGUGGGAGGAACUGCGUGACCAGGAAAAGCCAUCUAUUGAAACCUCAGCUAGGCCUUUCCAUUUCACUCGCGUAAACUCAACACCGCUGAGCGAUGUCCCCAGCUCGCUGAUCCAAGAUCAUUCUCCUGGCCUUUCCGUCCCAAUUCCAACCACAGCUUCUCAUCAACCCACAACCGACGUGCCACCCUAUGCACCUGCGCAACCUCUUCGCCGGCCUAGUCCUCCUGCACAAGCAGAAGUUGCAGCUCCCGUGCCAGCGGAUAUCCUUCCGGCACCGGAAAUAGAACCGAUUACAGAGUCUAGCAUUCCUCCGCAGGCAAUGGUAAAGCCUGAGCAGUCCCCACCAGCGAGAAGCCCUGAUCCUGAAGAUGCGCCGCCUUUGGAGAAUUUCAACCCUGACGACGUGUUCGAUCGCGAUCCUUCUCCAGAAAUUGAUUCAGAAGCGUGUACUCAGCUGAUUGACCGCCACAUUCGCGAUGUUAUUGAGCAAUCGAAAGUUGAUGUUCUCGAGGCCGGCGUAGCUCGGUCUAUGUAUAUACUGGAAAAACUAAGAGAGACAUUCUCGCAUUUCGCAACCGCUAGCCUGGAUGCCAAACUUUGGAUCGACCAAAUCGACAAAAUGAAGGAGCAAUCGAAACGCAGCCGCACGAUUGUCGGUGUUGUUGGCAAUACAGGAGCCGGCAAGAGCAGCGUUAUCAAUGCACUUCUUGACGAAGAACGCUUGGUUCCGACGAAUUGCAUGCGUGCUUGUACUGCCGUGGUGACGGAGAUAUCAUGGAACGCGGACGAUGAUCCAGGUCACAAAUAUUCAGCGGAAGUCGAGUUCAUCGAUCGUGCCGAUUGGGAGAAGGACCUUCGAGUACUUAUGCGGGAAUUCCUCUCUGAGAAUGGAACCGUGACACGAGAGGCUGCUGACCCAAACUCUGACGCUGGCAUUGCGUGGGCCAAAUUCCACGCUGUCUACCCAAGAUUCCAUAAAGACGAGUUGGAAAAGUGUACGGUGGAGAUGUUAAUGAGGGAGAACGCGGUGCUCAACGUCCUUGGAACGACAAAGCGUAUACAUCGAGCGCGCCCGGAGCCGUUCUAUGCUGAGUUGCAAAAAUUUGUCGACAGCAAAGAGAAAGUGACCAGCAAAAAGGACAAGGAACAACAAAAGCAACAGAAGAAUCAGAUGGAAUACUGGCCUCUAAUCAAGGUUGUCCGGUUGUACACGAAAUCGGAAGCUCUGUCCACAGGUGCUGUUGUGGUGGAUUUGCCAGGUGUUCACGAUUCUAAUGCCGCUCGAGCUGCCGUUGCGGAACGAUAUAUCCAACAGUGCAGUGGUUUGUGGAUUGUCGCCCCCAUCACACGCGCGGUGGACGACAAAGCAGCAAAGAAUUUACUCGGCGGCACAUUCAAACGUCAACUCAAGUACGACGGAAGUUACUCGGCUGUCACCUUCAUCUGCUCGAAGACAGAUGACAUCUCCAUAACUGAGGCUGUCGACAGCUUGGGCCUGGACGAAGAAGUCAUGGGGUUGGAGACUCAGGCCCAAGCGCAUAAGCAGGAGGUUAAGGGGAUAGAAGAGAAAAUUACGGAGCUAAAGGAUCUCGCGGAAGUCUAUAAGGCUGCGUUUAACGAAGCCGAUGAAGAGAUUGAGACGUGGGAAGAUUUGAAAGACAGAGUCGAGACUGAGACGUUGUUCCCACCGAAGAGCAUAACGAAGCCAAAGCGAAAGAUGUCAGAGUCUGGGAAAGGUUCUCGAAAGCGACGGCAGGUGGAGGAAGAAUCUGAUAUUGAUUACGUUGAGUCUGGAGGUGAUGACUCCAGCGAAUCCGAGAACGAACCUGAUACGGAUGGUAUUGAAGUUCCCCAAGAGCCGCUGACUUUGGAAGACGUUGAACAACGACUUGCCGACCUGAAGAACACAAAGAAGAAUGCACGAAAUGAGAAGAAAGUUGUUGAAGAUCAGAUCCAGGAUCUGAGGCCAACAAUUCGAGCAACGAAAAGCAAAAUCGCUGAUGUCAAGGCGCAAAUAUUGGCUAUAUGCAUUGAAGGACGCAACAAGUACUCGAAAGGUGCUAUUCAACAAGACUUUGCCGCCGGCAUCAAAGAGCUGGACCAAGAGGCUGCAGUGGAGGCAGACGAGGCGGCCUUUAAUCCGGAUGAAGAACUACGCGAUUACGAGGAAGUUGCCAGUUCCCUGCCGGUGUUUUGCGUAAGCAGCCGGGCCUAUCAAAAGAUGUGUGGGCGUCUCAAGAAGGAUGAGGCCGUCCCUGGAUUCCGGACACAAGAGGAGACGGAAAUUCCUCAGCUGAAGACCCACUGCAUGUCGCUGACCGAGAGUGGAAGAAUCCAGAACUGUCGCACUUUCCUUCUCAACCUUUGUUCAAACCUCACGACGUUCUUUCUCUGGGCCUCUAACGAUGGUACAGGUCUUAAGAUGACUGACACCGAUCAGCGCAAACAAGCAGAUUAUCUCUUAAAGAGACUUGGAGAGCUAGAGAAGGGUCUGGAGAAGGCUAUCAUAACCUGUCUGGAUUUAAUGAAAGCACAGCUUCAGGAGCAAAUCUUUGAGCGGAUGAACGAACUUAUCAGCGACGCGAUCCAAUCCGCACCCACCAUAGCCAACUCAUGGGGCUAUAGAGACCAAGGUGGCUUAUACUGGGCAACAUACAAGGCGACUGUACGUAGAGGCGGCGUUUAUCACUCUCCGAAGUCCGGCCAUCGGGACUUCAAGGCGGAGCUCCUGGAUCCUAUCAUCAGAAAGCUAGCCACAGGCUGGGAACGCGCUUUCCGGCAACGUCUACCGAGAGCAUUCGAAGCUUACACAAAGAAAGCAGGGAGUAUACUGCAUACCUUCCACAAAUUGGUCGAAGACCGCGCGCAUGAGAACGGAGUUGGUCUUGCCAACCUCGCUAUGCUCAAAGGCUCGAUCUAUACAUACGAGCAUAUGUUUCAAGACCUCAACGCUCAGCUGAAGAUUCGGAUGACUGAGUCACAACGUGACGCCAGUCGCCAUCUCGUUCCCGUAAUUGCCAACGUCAUGAUGACAGUAUACGAUAUCUGCACGAAUGAAAGCGGUAGCGGAUCGUUUCACCGUAUGAAGGAGCACAUGGUGGCCUUCGUACAACAAAACAGCCCGAACAUGUUCCCAGCCGCUACCCGAACGGUCGAAAUGGCCUUACUGAGCAUGUGCAACGGCUUGAAAGAAGAGAUGGCCAACAAGGCAGACGAGAUAUAUUGCGCGAUGCGCGACGACUAUAUGCGUGUGCUGGGCGGUGUGCAGGUGGCACAGAUGAUUAGCACGCCAGAACGAUCUUUAAAGGCUGAGAUUAUGGCUCAGCUUAAGCAGAUCGACGUACAAUUUGAGCGUAUCGCGAACGGAAACCUGACUGAAGACGACCCCGUCGAGGAUCCGGGCGACGACACUGGACCAGGUGCAGACAUGGAAGCGGAGCAGCAACUCCAUUUCGAGAACAACGACGCGGCCAGCACCUCUGGAACACCAGCGGAGGAGGCAUCACCGGACGACGAGACCUUGAACGACGUCCUAGAUGACACCGUGCUCACUGAACCUUCACCUGCGGCGCCUAAAUCAGGCUCGAGGCGACAUUCUGUAAGCGUCAACGGCGACGAGGAGGAAGAUCGGGAGCUCUAG